CGGAGAGCAGAUAGUCAGCUGUGCCCUUGGAAAGCCCUGACGCGGCUCAGUGUCAUUUGCGCCUACCACGUUUUCUGCGGCACCGCCUGCAGUCGCUGCAAACAAUACCACAGGUAGAUCACGGCGGCAAUGGUGGCUGUCAACGAGAAGCCAGCGGCAGCUCCUGCGGUGCCGGCGUCGUGCGAGCGGCGCCGCAUCUCGCGCAACGUGGUGCUGCUCAGCCUGGCCUUCAUGCUGCACUUCACCGCCUUCCAGGGCGCCGGCAACCUGCAGAGCUCCGUCAACGCCGACGCCGGCCUGGGCACCGCCUCGCUGGCCACCAUCUACGCGUCUCUCAUCGUCAGCAACAUUUUCCUGCCGGUCGUCGUUAUCAAGUGGCUGGGCUGCAAGUGGGCGGUGGCGGCGUCCUUCGUGGCGUACAUGCCGUACAUCGCGGCGCAGUUCCACGCCACGUUCUACACGAUGAUCCCGGCGGCGCUGUUCGUGGGCUUCGGCGGCGGGCCGCUGUGGUGCGCCAAGUGCACCUACCUCAGCGUCGUCGCCGAGGCGUACGAGGAGGCCGACCCCGCCGCCGGACCCGCCGCCGACGUCCUCACCGUCCGCUUCUUCGGCAUCUUCUUCAUGAUCUUCCAGUUCUGCCAGGUCUGGGGAAACCUCAUCUCCUCAACAGUGUUUUCUCUGGGCUCGGGAACGCCUAAAAAUCUGACGGGAGACCUGGGUGAUGUGUGUGGCGCCAACUACCUGCCCUCCGCCGCCAGCGGCGGUACGGCCGCCUCGCGGCCCCCGGACGAGAAGAUCUACAUCGUAGCCGCCGCCUACCUCGCCUGCAUGGUCAGCGCCUGCCUCCUCGUCGGCAUCGGAGUCGACUCCCUCAGCAGGUACAAGGAGGGCCAGCGGCAGGGCUCGGGAACCGGCCUGUCCGGCUUCGGGCUGCUCGCCAUCACCCUGAAGCUGCUCAAGGAGCGCGACCAGCUGCUCAUGCUGCCCAUCAUCAUAUUCCUCGGCUUCGAGCAGGCGUUCAUCGGCGCUGAUUUCACCGCUUCGUACGUGACGUGCGCGUGGGGCGUGGAGAACAUCGGCUGGGUGAUGAUCUGCUACGGCGCGUGCAACUCGGCGUCGGCGCUGGGCGCCAGCUGGCUGGUGAAGGCGACAGGCCGGCUGCCCGUGGUGUGCACCGCGGCCGCCCUGCACGCCGGCCUGCUGGCGGCGCUGCUGGCGUGGCGGCCGCACGCCGACGACCGCGUCGUCUACUUCGUGCUGUCCGGCGUCUGGGGCGCCUGCGACGGCGUUUGGCUCGCGCAGAUCAACGCGUUCUGCGGCAUCCUGUUCCCAAGCCGCGAGGAGGCGGCCUAUAGUAACUUCCGGCUGUGGGAGUCCGUCGGCUACAUCAUCUCCUACGCUUACAGCGCCUACCUCGUCACCUGGGUCAAGAUAGCCAUCCUGUACGUUGUGCUGGGACUGGGCAUGGCCGGCUACGUCACGGUGGAACUGCUCUUCAAGCGCAGGAAGACCGACAAGGAGCUCCUUUGACGCGUGUAAAGGAAAGUGUGGUACUUUUAUAGGAGAGAGAGAAGUGGCGGGUGGAGAAGUUUUCAAGCACCAGCUGACUACAUUUUUCUGCAGUGUACAUCUUACUUUCUGUUUCGACAUCCUUAGUAUCAAACUUGAUCCAAGUUUGCAUUUCUCCAUUUAGUGAAAGUUACUGGUAAUAGCUAAUUCAUUAGCAUCAAACUUGAUCCAAGUUUGCAUUUCUCCAUUUAGUGAAAGCUACUGGUAAUAACUAAUUCAUCAUGGAGCGUUUAUGGUGAUAUAACAGGCAAGUAAAAAGAAACACGUCGACAGUUUCCGUUACUUCCCAGCGUGCACCAGUAUUAACGCUUUCCUCCAGUGAUGGUAGCAAAAUACCUACACAGAAUGUACGACAAUUUUUCUAAGAGAAUAUAUUCUCUGUUUUAAAACAGCGCACCAUCCAUGGACACUGAUGAUCUAGUUUACUAGUCACAGCGGUUUUCCUUAAGCGCAAUAUCGGAUAAAGUUGGUUGUUUUUUGGACUGCUCUUUUAACUCAUACCAAUAAAUAGGUUUUCACAGUUGACUUCCAUCCAUCAUAUGUCUUAUUUUUACAUUUCCUAUACUACUUGAGAUAUAACACUUUUCAAUUAGCUGCAAGUAUUUCACCAUACUAUUUAUUGAACGGAGUAGGACGCAAAACGGAAACGUCGUUUUGCUUGUUGCCGACUAUUCCUUACAGCUCCACAGCGGGAGAGACAUUCAGAACGACACUCGAGCGACUGAGAUGUGUUCUGCACAUCCUCAUACUUGAGGCUAGCCGAUAUCUGGGUAAUCAGUUUCGCUUGUGCACAUUUUACACCACUGUGGAAACCUACCCAGCUUCUCUCUUCUUUUACGAGAAACAUUCAGUUCGUAAAUUUGAGACAUCAUUAAGAGUUUCCCAAACUGGUGAGACGCAUGGCAAAGAGCAGCUCCAAUCACGUGGUUUCACAUCAUGAGUAACGACUAACCGGAUAAAGAAUACAUUGUGGAUUACACGCUAGUGCAGCAGUAGAAGAAGAUAUAAUAGCAAUUGAAUCGUCUGAAGAAAUACUGACAAAUUUUACGGAAAAGCACAAUUCUCAAGAAUGACUGAUCCGAUAGUUUUUAUAUUCCUGUCGGCGAAGAACCAAUUUCCUUCGAUAUACUUAAGGAUGUGAACAGUUCCUAACAUGAACUUGCGUAUUGUGUCGAAGCUCAUUUAGGCGACUAAUGUUAUGUGCAUUUACUUGGACGAUAAAUUUAAUAUAAAUAUAUUUUAUAUC